GGUUAUCCAUACCGAUCAUGUCCUCGAAGAAAAUUCAUUUUUCAUUAGAUAUGCGAUGCUGUAAGUGUCUAGGCAAAACGCGUGUGUCUGAUCGUGGCAGCGAUACGUAUAUCUGAAACGAAAAUGGUACAGUUGAAACAGAAUGGUACUCUAUGGGGAUUUCAUGAUUUAUUCUUGGUGGGGAUCUCGAAGCUGAUUCCCUCUUUGGAAGAACAAGAUGUGGGGGAUUACUAGCUGAGAAGUCUGUGACCCACUGACAUUCUCUCCAGUAACGCGGCAGACUUAAACGUUGGAAAUUGAACGCUUCAAUUGUGAAUAAGUGGAAAUAAAACGUACUUUGAAAUUCGGAAAUGGGCGUAAGAAAAAGCACGUUGAUGCGACGAUGCAACAGUUUGGUAACGAGCAUAAUCGGAUGCUUGACAAUCGCGUUCUUUGUUCUGAAUAAAAUAUUAACGACGGAACCGGAAUCAGAAGACUUGCAUCUAAAAAUGACCAGAGUGGGCGUUACGACUACGCCGUCGUGGGAUUUAAAGCGUGAAAAGAACCUGGAUAACAGCGAUGCGAAGUAUCAGACCCAUCGUUUCGUCACCCCAUCCCUCGCGGAAAUAGGUGGUCGUCGAAGCAUACCGGAGAUGAAUGAUCACACGCUGAUGAUAACGAGACUUCCGGGUGCUGGGUCGGAGCUAUUGGUUCUGAUUUUGCAGCGUCUUCAGGGCUUGAAUGCUUUUAAACACAUAAGAUUGCCCCCGGGCGACGAGAAUCUUCUCACAACUCUUCAGCAGGAGCUUCUCGUCGAGGACAUCACGAUUAUAAUGAAACGAGAGGCUGUGCCGUUGACCUUUGACGCUGAUUUGAGAUUCCUCAAUUUCUCGGCAUUCGGUCGGCAAGCUCCAACUUUUAUUUCCAUGGCCAGAAACCCUCUCGACCCGAAAAUAUUGAAGCGGUACAAUGGGAAGGGUGUGAAUCCAACGUAUUGCGGAUCGAUCGCUUACUUUUGUGGACAGGAUCCCAGAUGCACACACGAAAAUCGUACCUGGGCCAUGAUGGAAGCUCAGGCUAACAUCGAACGCUGGUAUCCAGUGGUUGGUUUACUGGAACACGUCGAAGUUACCUUGAAAAUUUUGGAAAAAACUUUUCCAUACUUUUUCAAGGGGGCUUCGGAAGUCUACUCGAAAUUCCAUGUGAAGAAAAGAAUACCCAACAAAGUUAAGGAACCGAAAACAGCAUCCGGGGAAGAAAAAAUUUCCACGGAAUAUCUGGCUAAGGAAGUAGAAUUUUAUUUGUGGCUGAAAUCACGUCUGUUUCACCCGAAAUCUGACAACGGUUGAGGAAAUCACUUUCAACCUUCGGUACGGAAAAGGAUUUCGAACACCAAAGAAAGAAAAACGAAAAUUAAAUAAAAAAAACGCAGUAAUGAAACGCGGUUUUACUAUCCCGGCCUACGAUAAAUCGAACGACGAUGAAGUUGCGUUAUAUGUAAGUUGUCAAAAGCACAGCGUGUAAAAAUUUUGCGGAAUUACGCAGCUCACUGUACAUCGAUGUAUAUUCGAUCGAAUUCAUUGUAAUAAAUUUGAAACGGUUUCUAAGA